AAAAAACACCCGCUGACAGCCAGCUGAUCUGGUGGCGUGACGUCGUAAAGGUGCGACGCAUGAUCAUGCGAUAAAUCCAGAAUGGGUACCCAAAUAAAAGAUGUGGUCAUCAAGGAUGAUGCCCCCAAUGCGCUCAUAUUGGACAAGCAUGCCGACUAUAUAGCAGCAUAUGGUUCUAAAAAAGAUGACUACGAGUACACGGUAUCAGAAUACCUGAGGAUGAGUGGCAUCUACUGGGGUCUGACCGUUAUGGACCUCAUGAGCCAGCUACCGAGGAUGAACUGCGAGGAGAUCACAGAGUUCAUCAAGUCCUGCCAGCACGAGUGUGGAGGCAUCAGUGCGAGCAUCGGACACGACCCGCAUCUACUGUACACCCUCAGUGCGGUGCAGAUCCUGUCGCUGUAUGACAACGUUCAGGCUCUUGAUGUGGAUAAGGUGGUGGAGUACAUCAAGGCCUUGCAGCAGGAGGACGGCUCGUUCGCUGGGGACAAAUGGGGAGAAAUCGACACGCGGUUUUCCUUCUGCGCUGUCGCCACACUCGCCCUACUGGGGAAGUUGGACGCCAUCGACGUCGACAAGGCGGUGGAGUUCGUCUUGUCCUGCAUGAACUUUGACGGUGGGUUCGGCUGCCGACCCGGCUCCGAGUCUCAUGCCGGCCAGAUCUACUGCUGCACGGGCUUCCUGUCGCUGACGGGUCAGCUGCACCGGCUCAACGCCGACCUCCUGGGCUGGUGGCUCUGUGAGAGGCAGCUGCCGUCGGGGGGGCUCAACGGCCGGCCAGAGAAGCUUCCAGACGUGUGCUACUCGUGGUGGGUGCUGGCCUCUCUGAAGAUCAUCGGCAGGAUCCACUGGAUCGACAAGGCCAAGCUGCGGGCCUUCAUCCUGGCCUGCCAGGACGAGGAGACCGGGGGCUUCGCCGACCGUCCAGGAGACAUGGUGGACCCCUUCCACACGCUGUUCGGUGUGGCGGGCCUCUCCCUGCUGGGGGAGGAGCAGGUGAAGCCCGUCAACCCCGUGCUCUGCAUGCCCCAGGACGUCCUGCGCAGGAUAGGCCUGGAGCCCGAGCUGCUAAGCUGAGAGCGCCGCUGCCUCCCCCCCUCCCCCCCAGACCCCCUUCUUAAUACCCACCACCACCCCCCCCACCUGAGACCCCCCCCCACCUGAGACCCACCCCCACCUGAGACCCCCCCCACCUGAGACCCCCCCCACCUGAGACCCACCCCCACCUGAGACCCCCCCCCACCUGAGACCCCCCCCCACCUCUCACACCAGCCUCUCACUCGCACCCUCCCGAUCACCCCAGAGAGAGAGAGUGAGAGUGAGAGUGAGAUUGACGGAGAGAAAGUGAGAGAUUGAGUGAGUGAGUGACAGAGAGGGUGAGAGAGUGAGAGAUUGAGUGAGUGAGUGACAGAGAGGGCGAGAGAGUGAGAGAGAGAGUGAGAGAUUGAGUGAGUGAGUGACAGAGAGAGUGAGAGAGAGAGUGAGAGAUUGAGUGACAGAGAGGGCGAGAGAGUGAGAGAGAGAGAGUGAGAGAUUGAGUGAGUGAGUGACAGAGAGGGCGAGAGUGAGAGAGUGAGUGAGUGUGUGUGAGUGAGUGUGUGUGUGGGAGAGAGAGAGGGAGUGAGUGUGAGAGUGAGAUUGACGGAGAGAAAGUGAGAGAUGAGUGAGUGAGAGAGAGAGAGAGAGAGAGAGAGAGGUUAUGGUGGCUUGGGGUGAGUGGGUGGAAGGAGUCUUGUUUUAGCUAGCUUGCUCUGCAGACAACCCAAGGACCAACUGCUGGGAGGCGGACAGGCCAGAACGACGGCAGUGAAUUCCUCCCCGGGUGUACUUCGUGUUUAGGGUCUAAUCUUCAAAUGAUUGGGAAAGAAGAUGUGUAAAAGUGGGGACGGUUAAUGCAAAACAUUUACGAAUACACCCACCAUUCCACCUACCGUUGACUCGCUCUUCAACAGCGGCUGAACUGAAGAUGUAGCUCCUACGGCUAGCGAGCGGUUCCGUGUCGGGUAGAGCGCGCCGCAGCGCUACUACAUACGUGUUCGGUACUGUGUCUGAGAGCUAGCCGCCGCCGCCGCUGUGUCACCACCAGCUCACCGUAGUCGCCGAGAACCGAACACCUUGUACUCCUAUGCGUGCUCAAGGUUCAAGGUCAUGUGUUGCACUGACCUUUAAUCAGCAAUAUGAUUGUUAUGCUUCUAACAAACCAACUUUCAACAAAACCCUGUGUAGCCGAUUUGGUCUCUUCUAAGCGGGGGCGUCGCCGAAUACGACCGCAGAGGAUCUGCAAAUGAGAACUUAAUGUCUGGAAAAUGGCUGUGGGAGGGGUAUCAUUGGGUCGUAUUGAUAUGCGGGGGCCUCAUCUAUAUACUGCUACACCUUACAGCUGGAAAGGUGUUUUACUAAGUGGAGUUUGGCUCAUUUCAUGACUGGAAACACGGACACACACACACACACACACACACACACACACACACACACACACACACACACACACACCAUAUUAAUGCAGAGAACAUACAGUAGCAGUGAUAGCAGCUUUUUAGCUCCAGGGGAUUUCAUAAUUUAUGCACAGUCACAGCUACACUAAUUUAUUUUUGAUGUUCGUGUCAUUAUCCCAUUGUCAACUGUCUGUACAUCGCAAGACGGCAAACCUUUGCGUGUCAGUUCUCCCAGGGUCACAUCUGUCAAUAUCUCCACUUUCGCCAUGCCUCACUUUGAUAUUGAGAGUGGUCCAUUGUAAAGAAACAUAGAUUUCUUGUCUUUUUUUUUUCUGUUUACCGCAUUGAGCGCACUCAGCGUCUUAUUUGUCCACCUGUCUUCCUUAACGUCAAUUUGGUCCGUGUGGUAGAUCAAUUCAAAAUUCAAUUCAAAUUCAAGAUUCCGUGUGGCUGUUAGCUCAUGUCUGUUUUCUUAUAACCGGAUGGAAUAAAUAAAUGUGUAAAUUGCC